GGAUCAUGACCUGAGUCGAAGGCAGUCGCGCAACCAACUGAGCCACCCAGGCGCCCUAUGAAGCUAAUUCUUGUCAGUUCUAACACAUAGCUGGUUAACACAUUUCAGCAGGCGCUCCUUUGAACCCCCCUCGCAGCCCCGCCCUCGCUUCCCGCCCUGCGUCUGAAGUCGUUUGUGAGAGGAAGCUUCCCCCUAUCUGGGUACUAGCCGUUCGUCCCAGGGAAGUAAUUCUGUGAUCAUAGAGCUGGCGAAUGCCGGGAUAGAGGGGACCGGAAGUUGUUUUUUUUGCCCCCCCGCCCAGGGGCCGGAUAGGGUCUCCGCUGGCUCUGUUUCCGGCUGCUGUCAGACUGUUAGGCCUGAGGGCUUGGUGGCCCUGGGUUGGGCUCGCCCCAGUACCGGGCUCACACUUCUACCAACCUUGGGGAAGCGGAGUGAAUUCCUCGGUCUCCUAGCAAGCAGGAACUGGCUGUGGACUGAAGGAGUCGCGGUGCCGCCGUCCAAAUCGCUCAGGCGCUAGCCGGAAUCUUUGAGCCCGGCCCAAACGGGAGCCGAAACCCGGCGUUUGGAAGACUUAAGCAGGAAAUGGCGGACGAGGCGUUGUUUUUGCUUCUCCAUAACGAGAUGGUGUCUGGAGUGUACAAGUCCGCGGAGCAGGGGGAGGUGGUGAGUGCUGCCAAAGCCCUUGAGGAAAAUGGACGCUGUAUUACUAAGCUGGAAAACAUGGGGUUUCGAGUGGGACAAGGAUUGAUAGAAAGGUUUACAAAAGAUACUGCAAGGUUCAAGGAUGAGUUAGAUAUCAUGAAGUUCAUUUGUAAAGAUUUUUGGACUACAGUAUUCAAGAAACAAAUCGACAAUCUAAGGACAAAUCAUCAGUAUUUAGCAUUUACGUGUGGCUUAAUCAGAGGUGGCUUAUCAAACUUAGGGAUAAAAAGUAUUGUCACAGCUGAAGUGUCUUCAAUGCCAGCCUGUAAAUUUCAGGUGAUGAUACAGAAGCUAUAAAACAUACUGAAAUGCAAGGCAAGGCUUCAACAGUGUAAAGAGAUAAAUUAUUCAUGUAUAAAGUAUUUCAAGUAGCAAUGAUUUAAUUACAUUAUUGGACAUUUGUAUUGAUAUAAGGUAUUUGCUAACUUAUGUAAUGAAAGAUGCACUCUUAAGCGGGAGUAAGGUUGUAGUUUAUUAAUUUAACACAGACCUUUUUAAAGCAGAAAAAGAGACAUUCUAUCAUAACAUAGAUUUUACUAUAACUAUUCAGAAUGAAAAACCUGAUUUCAAAUAACUAAACCCCAAGAUGUAGGACCCUUAUUUUAAACGUUCUUAUUUGCUUAUAGUGGUGUGUAUUUAACCACAGAUAGAGAAGCAGAAUUCAGGGUUUGAUGAAUUAGCAUUAAGAAAAGUAUGUAUCAAUCAGAAUCAUUUCUGUAAGAAUGAACAAAUUUUGGUUUUGCUUUAUGAAUUUUAGUUAUUAAGAAAAGCAAACAGUACACUAAACAAUUAUUUUAUUAUAAUUUAUUUCUAUUAAGAAUUUUUAUGCCUAUAAGGAUUUUAUUAUAUACAUUAUGUAUUGUGUGUGUGUGUGUGUGUGUGUGUGUGUGUGUGAUACAUACAUCCUAUCUAACUGCCUAAAUGGCUUAAAAAGUUCAUUUUACUUUAACAGAAUUUAGUCCUUAAUUUUACUUUAAUAGAAUUCAGUCCUUGAGAGCUCCAUUAAUGUAAUAAGGUGAAAUAUAGAUUAGUUUAAAUGUGAAUUCAGUGACUCCAGGGCCAAAGAAUGUUAGGUAUUUGAGGAAGGAAUUUUAUACUUACUCCUGUUACAGUCUUGACUUCAGCUUCUCUCCCCAUGUGUGGAAGGGCUGGUGAAGGUUCUAAUUCUCUAACUACUAUUUCCCAAGAGCAGAGGGGUGGAUAAUUGGAUUAGGCACACCAACUUUCAUUGGACCCUAUCUUCUCAGUGGGUUGGGGUCAGUGCUCAUCAUUUCCUCUUCCAUCUGAUAACCGGGAGGAUAAGCAUAAAGAUGAAAGCCAUCAUAUUGAGGAUAGCAGGAUGCACGGAUAGAAAGCACCCUAAUUGUACUUCUGAAUUAACCAAUCCUGGAACUGCUUUUUCUUUGGACUUUUUGUUACAUGAGAUAAUAAAUUCCUUAACUUGUUCAGUCUA